CUGACAGAGUUGAGAGAUACAGUAAGAUAGAUACAACGAGGAAAAUAUCGCGUCGCACGUUCGCCACCUACCUGUUGAAUAUCACCGCAGUUUAAUUUGCAAGUUUGGGGUUGGGUUGGCGAGUCACUCACUGUCGAAGAACAAAGUCGAACCUGGAAAAAGGAGAGUCAGCCGAGGUUUUGUCGAGGUAAAUGCGGAAGGAAAGAGGAUUUGUGCAACUGGUAGCCACUCCAAUGUUCUAACCGGACCGACAGACCAAAGGAUUUAUCAACCGAUCAAACCGAUUUAUUGACGCCAAAAAAAACACAAUGCCUUUAGGACUGAGGAGAAAGAAGAACAAGUCGAGAGAGAGCUCGAACCUGGUGGAGAAUGAGGAGGUCGGUGGACACGCAACUGGGAGCUCCGUGAAGUCGACGGUAAACGGAGCGGGGCUCCCACCGCCACCUGCCAACCUGCGGCCCAAACUAGUGUUCCAUACUCAGCUCGCCCACGGCAGCCCCACGGGAAGGAUCGAGGGAUUUACUAACGUCAAAGAACUCUACGGGAAAAUAGCUGAUACGUUCAAUUUAAGUCCACCAGAGAUCCUGUUCUGUACUUUGAACACCCACAAGAUCGACAUGGAGAAGCUGCUUGGUGGUCAGAUCGGCCUGGAGGACUUUAUAUUCGCCCACAUUAAAGGGAUUAAGAAGGAGGUGGAGGUGUUUAAAUCAGAGGAGGCCCUGGGACUCACCAUCACAGACAAUGGGGCGGGAUACGCCUUCAUCAAGCGUAUCAAGGAGGGCAGUGUGGUGGACAAGGUGAAGGUGAUCUCUGUUGGAGACCACAUAGAGUGCAUCAACGGGAAGAACAUUGUGGGAACACGUCACUACGAGGUGGCUCGCUUGCUGAAGGAGCUGCCUAAGGAGCAGAAGUUCACCCUCAAACUGGUGGAGCCCAUGAAGUCCUUCGAGAUGCUGGAGCCGAGGUCGAAGGGAGCCAAGCCGGCCAGUGAGAAUAAGUUGGGGACAGGGAGAGGGACUCUGAGACUGCGCGCCAAAGGACCUGCUACCGUAGAGGAAGUGCCGACAGAGUUCGAGGAGAAAGCCGUGAAGAAGGUGGAUGACUUACUGGAGAGCUACAUGGGUAUCAGAGAUACAGAACUGGCGGCGACCAUGGUGGAGGUGGGUCGGGACAAGAAGAACCCUGAUGAGUUUGCCAUGGCUCUGGACGAAGCUCUCGGAGACUUUGCCUUCCCUGACGAGUUUGUGUUCGACGUCUGGGGCGCCAUUGGAGAUGCCAAACAGGGACGUCUUUAAUGUUUUAACUGAUUACCCAGAUCACCUAGCCUGGUCCAAGACAGCAUAAACACAUCUGGGACCAGGCUACCAACCCCUGUUCCAGUGGACAAAUAUCAGCCAGUAGAGAAUGAGGGGUGGGAAUUACCAGGGACCUCACGCAUUGCGAUUCCAUACUGUGAUUUUAUUCCAAUUUGAUGUUCCGAACAUAUUGCUCACUAAAUGUCUGCUGCAGAAGGGCAAGCUAGAGAAUGAGGAAAUUAGUUUUAAAUCAGUCACAGAAAUAAGUGGUCACUAUGUUAAAAGAUGGAGAACAAACUAUAGGAUGGAAAAUACCAGAAUUAUGGCGCAGGUACAUCCGACUAGCGCUAGCUAACACUACCUUUUGAAAAUUAAAAAUCGAUACUUAGAGUCAAAGUAUCUACAUAAUACGGUCCAAAAUAAUACUGUGAUAUGCAACUAUCGAUUUUAUUCCCCUAUUGUUGUUAUUAUAUACACCCUCGAAGACAAUCACUUAUUGAUCAGUCAUGUCCCACUCAACCGAGUUCUCUGGAAUGCAUCCCAAAUGGGCACCCUAUUUCCUUUCAUAGUGCAUUACUUGGCACCCUAUUCCCUACAUAGGGCACUACUUGGCACCCUAUUCCCUACAUAGGGCACUACUUGGCACCCUAUUCCCUACAUAGGGCACUACUUGGCACCCUAUUCUCUACAUAGUGCACUACUUGGCACCCUAUUCCCUACAUAGGGCACUACUUGUCCUUUUCCACAGGUUACAAAGGGUACACACCUCUGUCUGUAUCAGUCCUUCUGGUGUGAAUUGCAAUGUACUAAUGAUCACAUACUUACUGUUCAUCGUGGCGUUUUAUAUUUGUCUUCUAAUGUUGCUGUGGAGUUUUAAGCACCAGCAGAUCCCCCCCAUCAGAAACAUAUGCUGUAUGGUCUUCAUAUGUUCCAACGCCUCACAGAUGACUGUUUAUUUAGAGCCUACAGAAAAAUUAAAUCGUUUUUAUUCUAGCUAUGGAGGGUGAGGUGGGAUCCCGAUCCACCUUUCAGCUAACAUUCCUUCACUUCGUGGCAUUUUGUUUUGUACAGGCUGCUUAGUAUAUAAUUAUCUUAUAAUAAAUACUUAUUUGUUUAUUUAUUCGUUCAAAUAAACGUUCAUUUAUUUUAAGCUGGAAAAUGUUUUAUACAAAUCUCAAGAUUGGAAUUCGAUAGAAAUCUUGAAAAGUGUCACUUCGUGGUCAAUUGCAAUUCAAAAUGUCUGACACUGUUGAAAGAACCCACUGUAGAUUGAAUUGACACACUGAAUAGUAAUGAAUUCUUACUGUAGUAUGUGUAUUGAGUUGUUUUAGAGAGGUUUACUACUGAACACAGCUUCAGUGUUUUAUAGAAAUACUUAAGGGAUCACUGUUAGACAAAACAAAUAAAAUGUACUAUUCUCUA